CGACAGCGACAUGGGCUGAGACGGGAGAUAUCGCGCUUGAUUCUUCCACACAACACAUACUUCACUUCUUAUCAUUUUAAUGCCAAAUUGACGGCAGCUCAUGAGCGCAGUUUUGGAGAAACGCUAGAUGAAAAUGGAUGAGAUCCCAGUGAGGAGUGGUCCCGAAGAAAUGGAUCUUUCUUCUGACACUUCAGUGGCUCCACGGCCAGCAUUUAUCAGCCGAGAAAAUAGCAAACGUAGUGUGCACCUGCGAAGUCCUUCGUCGCUGAAGAUCCUGACAAUGGACACAAUUUUGAAAAACUGUGAUUACUACGAAAACAAGUUCGCUGGAUUCUCUGGUUUCCAAUUUUUGACUCCACCUGUGCUACAGAUUCUAAUUGAGUACAUUGACGCAAAAACAGAUCGUUUUUUAACACCAAAUUUUGCCAAAAUGCUUUUGAAUGAAAAUACUCAUUUUGCAAACAUUGGAAGUGUGGAUGAGAAGCACCGACAAGAUCUGUACGACUACAUGAUAACUAACUGCAGCGUGCGAUUAAAGAUAAUCCAAAAUCUCUGGCUUGAUGCAAAUUUGCAAAUCGAAGUGUGUGAUCUCCUCAAGUUCAAGAACUUGGUGGCCUUGGAGCUCCUCCAGCUAGAGUGUACGGACGAAAUUCUCGACCUGAUUUGCACCAACUUGCCGGAAUUAAGGUCGCUGGGAGUGACCUUCAUGGAAUACGACAUCACGGACGAGGGUUUGAGCCUUCUGCCGAAUCUGCAGUCCUUGGUGAAAAUUUCAUUCAGGGCGGACGAAAACGACCACACAGACUACACUCGCAUGCUCCAGAGGAUAAUGGAGGAGUUUGGUGUCAACUGGGAACUCAAGUCGUUUUAUGUGCCUGGCCUGAAAAGGUCGCUUUCCGUGGAAGACGAACGCAGCUCGUUCAAAAAACCAGUGGCUGGCAGAAUCGGCUCCUACAUCAAGAAAAAAUUGGUGCGCGCUUUCUCCAAGGAAGGGGGAAUGUAAAAGAAAAAUCCAGCAGCACUUUUCUGACCACUUAUAAGUGUUAUUUAAUUUGAAUUAAAACCUGCUCUUCAACAGAGAUUCGGAUAGCUCUCAUGUACGACUUCCCUACACAAUUGUUGCCUUAAUUACAUUUAUUUUUUGUCAAACAUUUAAACACCUUGUGCUUUUAUAGUCUUGUUUUGUGUGUGUUGUGCAUGAACAACUCAUAUAUUCUAACAUAUACAAUAAAGAGAUUCCGUAACAUUUCAUUAAACAUCACUUUUUAAUAUUUUGUUGACA